ACUCGGUACUACUAACACUUAAAAAGGUCAAUCAGACUUGUUGGAACCUAUGACAGUUUGAAUUCAAUCGUCUUGGUCUAUUUAUUAUUAUCUAAUCCAGGUGAUCAUGGAAGUUGACAUUUCGAGGGUGCUUUAUUACCAGCCACGCCAAGUGAAAAUUAAUGGAAUUCGUUAAAACUUCAACAGUUUCGAACAAUAAUCGCUCGUUGCCAAAGGGCCGACACUGCGAAGAGCUCAACCCUUGGACUGGCUCCACCCUUGGAGACGAGCCUCCCACGCUGACGUCACAGUGCGCGCGCCCGCCGCGAAUUGGGUCACCUAGUUGUGACCUUUUGGCAGGGCUCUCCAUCCGAGCUUUAGACGCCACGCAGAUUCCAGAAGCUGCUGUUUCCGCCAUGGCUACGAAUUCCUCGAAUUACAAGUUAAGUGCCGCGACCGGUAACCUCAAGUACAACGAUAUUUUACCGUACAAGGUAGAGAGCGAAAAAACAACUAGAGAGUUUCUGCAGAAAGUUGUAGACGUCCUGUUGGACCACGUGAAGGCUACAAAUGAUCGCAAAGAAAAAAUUCUGGAUUUCCAUCAUCCCGAAGAUAUGAUUAAACUGCUGGAUCUGAGAGUUCCUGAACAAGGAGUAUCGCUUCAACAGCUGAUUCACGACUGUGCUACCACCCUAAAAUAUCAAGUAAAAACGGGUGAGUUUCCUAAAGCAUAA